GAGGAGGAUGAAUCAUGGCCACAAUUGGAAUCACCCAGUGGCGAUAUACGAAAGAUGGAGAAGUUGCUCAGAAAACGUGAGUUGAGCAUGAUGUCAAGCACGGUGACCGCCUUUUCCUGUAUUGUUGGUGUCGUACUCGUCCUUUUGUCAUCUCCUCAUUUUUAUAUUCGCCUAGAUUCUGGACACGGAGAGCAAGUACAAGGGAAAGACUAUGCAGAGAAAGAUGGGAAGGACGAAG